AUGAUGUUUCCCGAAUGGAGGACUGCUAGUAUUGCUUGUGCCAUUGGAACGUUGCCAGCAAUUUUUUGUAUUUUAUUUGUGUUUCCGGAAAGUCCCACUUGGCUUCAUAGCAAGGGCCGCCUGGAAGAGAUGAAAGCAGCUGAGCGGUACAUUGCAAGUUUUGCUGGCAAGAAAUACGAGCCCGUGCAGCAUAAACCCAUCGAGCAUGUAAAGACCCUUUGCGAAAUGUGGCAGACUCGAGGUCUGUUUCGACGUCUUUUUGUUUUGUGGCUGAUGUGGUUCACAGCUGCAUUCUGCUCAUAUGGCAGUGAUCUCAAUUCGGGUACCAUAUAUGGUCAUCUGUUUGUGAAUCAGAUUCUCUUUGGCGUUGUCAUCAUGAUCUCUAAAUUUGGCUGGGCAGUGUUGGUAGUGAAUCUGUUGGGUACAGUGUUCAACGAAUACACAUGGGAUGCGUGUUUCCUGUGCACUGUGGAAUCCCUGGAGACAUCGUGUCGUGCUAGUGGCACGGGCAGCUGCUCACUCAUGGCACGUGUUGGGGCUAUUUUAGCUCCCGUGCUUAACCACAUGAACACCAUUUGGCCACCUUCAGUAUAUGUCAGUGUUUUCGUGGUGGGAUCAAUCAAUCUGAUCGUUUCAAACCGAUUUUUGAUAGAAACAAAAGGAGUCGAUCUCGAUAACAUUUCCAUCGCAGAUGCCUCCGAUUCGAAAGAACAUGACGUGCUCCUGGGCGAUAACCUUGUAAGCAUUAUGUGUUAA